UCUCCCUUCCCAGCCGUCCAUCACACGACCUCAGAAUAAUAAUAAUAACUGCGUGCCUCCUCCCCCGUCCACCGACGCCUACCUACGCCCUCAUAUAUUAACCCUGUCCCGUCCUCGCAGACCCUCACCGAGACACAGCAUACAUACCUAGCCAUACACCGCUUCCCGGCCCACACGUUAAGAUGGUGAAAGAGACGAAGCUGUACGACCAGCUCAACAUCAAGCCGGAUGCCACCCAGGACGAAAUCAAGAAGGCCUAUCGGAAAGCUGCCCUGAGGUGGCACCCCGACAAGAACAAAGAUAACCCGUCGGCCGCCGAGAAGUUCAAGGAGUGCUCCCAGGCCUACGAGAUCCUCUCCGAUCCCGAGAAGCGCAAGACCUACGACCAGUUCGGCCUCGAGUUCCUGCUUCGCGGCGGUACCGCCCCGCCGCCCGGCGAGAACCCCUUCGCCGGAGCUCAAGGCGGCAUGCCCGGCGGCUUCAACGGCUUCGAGUUUAAUAAUGGAGCUAUGCCGGGAGCUCGAACGUUUCAUUUCAGCACCGGUGGCCGCGGCUCGAACGCCUUCAACUUUAGCAACCCCGAGAGCAUCUUCGCCGAUUUUAUGCGCGCCGGCAGCGGCUUAGGGCCUGACGACGACGACGACGACGGCAUGCCUCGCGUAUUCGGCCGGAGCAUGCCGCGAACCUUUGGCGCCGGCCGAACCCGAAUGCGGAGUAGCUAUCCUGGCGGCGAUCCGUUCGCAGGCAGCGGGGCGAGAGAAGCGACACCCGAUGUCACCACCGUGGAGCGCUCCCUACCGCUCUCCCUAGAAGAGCUGUUCACCGGGGUGACGAAGAAGAUGAAGAUCAAGAGGAAGAGCUUCGACGACAGCGGCAAACGGACAACUACAGAUCAAGUCCUCGAGGUGCCUAUCAAGCCCGGUUUGAAGAAAGGCAGCAAGAUCAAGUUUAAGGGCGUGGGCGACCAAGAGGAGGGCGGGAAGCAGGACCUGCAUUUUAUUGUCGAAGAGAAACCGCAUCCCCUCUACCGUCGUGACGGUGACGAUCUUAUCCACUCCAUCGAGCUGACCCUAAAGGAGGCACUGACGGGCUGGAAACGAACGGUGGCGACGAUCGACGGAAAGCAGCUCAACGUCGAGAAGAGCGGACCGACCAGCCCGGGCACCUCGGAUUCGUACCCCGGACUCGGAAUGCCCCUGUCGAAGAAGCCGGGCGAGCGGGGAAACUUCAUCCUCAAGUACAACGUAACCUUCCCCGAGAGCUUAACCACGGAGCAAAAGCAGCUGCUCAGAGACAUCUUAUAAUUGUUAUCGCGAGAUGCAGGACCUCGCAGAGGGACCUAUGUUGCAUUUUGGCGUUGUGGGACUCGAUAAGCAGGAAAAUUUCACGACAUUCACGACCAUGAAGGACACGAGGUGUUUUUACACGGAAAGCAUCAAAGAUCUUUGAGGGAGUGAGCAUCGUUGUCGGCAGAAUGAGCCUUAGAGUUGUGGCGCGAGGUCGACUCCCGACGGAGCCGUGGCCCUCCUCC